GUCCGUCAACACCACAGCUCUUUCCCUACGCGCUCUGUGUUCUUGUUUCCUCCUUUCGAGCGACGGAAGAUUCGGACUGUUCGGUAAUUGCUUCCCCGACGACCGAGUGCGGGUUGACCCUGGACGAUGCGGGGACUCCGCAUCGGCGUCAUUCCUUGAUGCUAUUUCCGCAACUUCUAACGUGUUUGAACUGCGGAGAUGAGCUAGCCUGCCGAUGGCGUUGCUAAACCCCUUGCGACAAGUUGGAGAGAUGAUAUCUUCCGGUGGCGUUGUGGAGGUGUCGGUAUAAGUACUGAGCGCUUGGCGCAAUGUCUGCGGACGUGUGAGGUUGAUACUCGCUGGUGUCGCAUUGAAUCGGAUCUUAUUGCUACUGUUUAGACGCUUAAGUAAACCCGUUCAGUAUGAAGCUCCAAACAUCGUUACCAUAUCUCCUAGGCUUCAGCAGCGCGGCCUCGGCGCUACCACAGAGCCCCUCCGAGCGAGACACAGGUGCAGCCGCAAGAGCAACCGUACCAACCAUCUGGAUCGCAGGCGACUCUACGACCGCGCCAGAUGGCGGUCACAACGGUACAGAAGGCUGGGGUCAAUACCUCCAGUACUCAUUCGGCACCAACGCCAAAGUGAACAACUCCGCAUAUGCCGGACGAUCCGCGCGCUCGUUCACACGCGAAGGUCGCUUCGACAGAAUAGCCAAAGCCCUCCAACCCGGCGACUGGGUGAUAAUCGAAUUCGGCAUUAACGACGCCGGCGCCCUUCAAAAUGGCUCCACCAGCUCAACAGGCGACAAAGGCCGACCACCUUGCCCUGGUGUAGGCGAUGAAACGUGUACAGUGACAUUCAACAACGCUACAGAGGUUGUCCACACAUUCCCCUCCUACAUCAAAUCCGCAGCAUCCAAUUUCCUCUCUCUAGGCGCCUCCGGCAUCGUCAUAUCAUCGCAGCUCCCCACCAACGUAUGGGAGUCUGGAAGUUACAGCUUCACGCCUUCGAGAUUUGCUUAUUACAACAUGCUAUCGGCCCUUGAAUUGGGCGGUCCGUCGUCACAUGUCUACUUCGUGCAACAUGGAAGUUACGCCGCACAAGCUCAACGUUUACUGGGGAAAGAAGUGGUGGAUAAGGUGUAUCCGAUGGAUCAUACGCAUACGGCGCCAUUUUUGGCAGAUGUGCAUAGCCAGGCAUUUGUACUGGGUUUGAAGUGCGGAACUAGCCCGUUGGCGGGAUUGGUGGUCAAUGCCACCGCGAGGAUUGAGAUGGAGAGGGGCAGUUGUUUGCCUGCUAAUGCUACCCUGCCGAUUUAGAUAUCAAGUAUAGUCUCAAAUGCGUGGUCAACCUCAGCAGAAGACAUGGUUUCUUCAGUUCUGCCAUUUUGGAAAAGAUUCGGGAAGCCGAACGCGCAGUUCUCAUCGUGCAUGACCUUGGUUUCCUUUCGGACUCCGCGGAACCGUG